AUGGCGAGCUCCUACAGCCAGCGGUCUCUCAUUGUUCUGUCUCUACUUGGAAUUCUAUCGGCCAUUAUGUCCGUUUUGUCGGUCAUUCUAAUCUUCCAGCUGCAGCCUCACCACGCCGCCGUAAAGGAGACCACCUCCUCGGUUAUACCCGACGACGUCCGCGCCGUCCUGCCGCCGGUGUCCACGGUUCUGUCGGCUCUGUCUCUCACCCUUAACCUGAGCUCCGUGGUGGUUUGUCUCCUACACAGCUACUUUUCCACCGAAGUGUGCCGAGGAGAGCUUGACACAGAGAGAGCAGAUUGGUUUCUUUUGGACAGCAGAGCCCUGCGACAUGUGGCAGUCGGACUGUUCUGCCUCGGAGUGUGUGUCUACUUGGCAGCUAUGUCCAUCUUUAUGCUCCUAACAUUUGAGGUGGAGACAGGUAUUGCCAGCGCAUGCGUCCUGGCCUCUGGGAUCUUGAUCCUGCUAGUAUUAGUGAUCCACUCUCUGGUUAAGGUCUCUCAAAUAGCUAAACGCAGCCGUGCCGACCACCUCGAAACCCUCUUCCGGAAUGAGCACCGACGCAGCAACAGUCCCGUCUCUUGGCCCUGCGAGCUGAAAAUCGGUGUGGACAAACUUCGAGGGCCCGGCAGGCAGUCUCAACUCCAGCAUCACAUCUCGCUCACUCCGUCAGGCAGUCCCAGACACCAGCACUAUCAGCAAGAGUACUCCCCUGCUGCUAAAGAGUCACAAGGCCAUCUUAGCAACGUGGACGGCUACAGCAGCGGAGGUGGCGGCUGUCCUCGCUCAAACAGGUCCUUGUCUACGGAGUCCGCUCUACUACAGGCCCAGGCUAAACCCUGGAACGGCGUCAACAAUGAGAUGAGGAGCGUCCUGGCACGCAAGUCCGGGAUUACGGCAAAAGACUCUACCCUUGUGUAACUUAAAGAAGGAUGAAAUUCAGCAUGUAUAUCUUUAUACACUAAAGUACAUUAUUUGUAAUAUACAUCAUUGCCACUUCAGUGUCAUUCAGUGGCUAUUUGCCAUACAUUUCUGCACAAUAUGCCAAUGUUUUUUAUGUGUCUCAAAAUGAUUUCUCACCAAUAUUCAUUAAAAUAAUUAUAUUCCUGUUUAUACAUACUUG